AUCAUGAUAUCAGCAGAUUUUGGGUCUCCUUCAGAAUUGAAAGAUAUUCUUCAAAUAGACCCCCAGUUAAUCCAAAAAGAAUCAGAUCUCUGCCACAGGAUAAGAAUUUCUCUCUCUAAUGGUACACCGAAAGAAGCCAUUGUAAUUUAUGCCCAAAAUCGUCGUAACCCACUUUGUAUACUGAGUGUAGUCCCUUUAGUUUUCAAAGCUUGUGCCUCUCUUUCCAUGAUUAAUAAUGGAAAGGCGUUGCAUUCCGAAUCAAUCAAAGGUGGAGUGCAAUCUGAUGUAGUGGUGGGAACUUCAAUAGUGAACAUGUAUGGUAAAUGUCGUGAGGUGAUUGAUGCUCGCAAAGUGUUUGAUGAAAUGCCUGUGAAGAAUGUUGUGACAUGGAAUGCAAUCAUAGGUGGAUAUAUGAGGAAUGGAAGAACAAAACCCGCAUUAUGCUUAUUUGAAAAGAUGUCUUAUAGGACAACAGUUUCAUGGAUCGAAAUGAUUGAAGGGUAUGCUAGAACAGGUGAUACGAAGAUGGCAAGGUGUAUUUUCGAUCAGGUCCCUUUGGUACUAAGAAAUGUGGUUACUUGGACUGUUAUGGUUGAAGGGUAUGCGAGUAAUGGGCAAAUGAACGCUGCUAAGGAUAUCUUUGAGGCUAUGCCACAACGGAAUUUCUUUGUUUAUUCAUCGAUGAUUUCAGGGUAUUUCAAGAAUGGUCAUGUGGAGGAGGGUAAGGCUAUCUUCGAUAGAAUUAAGGUUCGGAAUUUGGUGAAUUGGAACUCGUUGAUUUCAGGGUAUUGUCAUAAUGGUCUUUGUGAGGAAGCUUUAGAUGCAUUUGCAAAAAUGCAAGCAGAUGGGUUCGAACCCGAUGAGGUCUCAUUUGCAUGUGCUUUAUCUGCUUGUGCUCAAUUGGGUUCAUUAAAAACAGGUAUAACUCUUCACCACAUGAUAAUUCAAAGAAGCAUUAAACUUAAUCAGUUUAUUCUGAAUGGUUUAGUUGACAUGUAUGCAAAAUGUGGUGAUUUGACCAAUGCGAGACUAAUAUUUGAAGGCAUGCUGGAAAGGAAUGAUGCUUGUUGGAAUGCUAUGAUCUCAGGCUUUUCCAUCCAUGGCCAUUGCAAGGAAGCUCUGGAGUUCUUUGAUAGAAUGGUGAAAUCUAGUGUGAAUCCGAAUGAAAUCACUUUUCUCUCUGUUUUAACGGCUUGUGCACAUUCAGGGUUCAUUCGAGAAGGAUUAGAAACUUUCUCUAAGAUGGAGAACUACGGUUUAUCACCCAACAUUAAGCAUUACGGAUGUUUAGUUGACCUUUUAGGAAGGGCGGGGAGAUUGAAAGAUGCAUAUCGAAUAGUAAUAGAUAUGCCGAUGAGACCAAAUGACAUGAUUUGGAUGGCUCUCCUUGGUGCUUGUCGAGUUCAUGCUGACAUGGAUAUGGCAAACCAAGUGCUUGAGAGAGUCCGAGAUCAAGUCUCUGGCGAUUGUUCUCACUAUGUGCUUAUGUCCAACAUGUACGCUGCUUCGGAAAGAUGGGAGAAGGCUGAAAGUGUAAGGAUUGUUAUGUCUCGUAAACGGGUUUCAAAAACAGUCGGGCAUAGUUCAGUCAUCCUUGACAAGAACCCGGCAGCUCAAUUGCUAUAG